AAAAAAAAAAAAAAAAUCCCUUGAUUCUUUCCAAACCCUAAAAGGGUUAUGUGUUAUUCAAAAUCAGAUCUUUCACUGUUUGCUAAAAAUAUCCCACAAGGGAAAAAAAAAAAAAAUAUCUUUUCCAAUUACUGUUAGAUCUCCCCAAAACAACAAAAGCAAAAACAGGACGAAGUUGACUGAAAUUUUCUCUUUUUUUGCUUUGUUUUCAGGGUUUUCAAUCUGGGUUUUUGCUUUAGAAAGGAACAGAGAGAAGUUGAGAAAGAAAGAACAGAGAAGUUCGUGUGUUUUUGAUUCUAUUGGAUCAGAAUGGAUCGGCAAGGACAUGGACAACCCGCUUCUAUGGGAAUGGUUGGUGGUGGAGCUCAGUUGCCAUAUGGCACGAACCCUUAUCAGACUAAUCAAAUGAGUGGGGCCCCAAAUGCUGGAUCAGUGGUCACAUCAAUCGGGACAAUGCAAUCUCCUACUCAAGCAGCAGGUGCCCAGCUGGCACAGCACCAACUUGCCUAUCAACAAAUCCACCACCAGCAGCAACAGCAACUGCAGCAGCAACUCCAGUCUUUUUGGGCAAAUCAGUACCAAGAAAUAGAAAAAGUGAACGACUUCAAGAAUCAUAGCCUUCCCUUAGCAAGGAUCAAGAAGAUCAUGAAAGCUGAUGAGGAUGUGAGAAUGAUAUCAGCAGAGGCACCAGUCAUAUUUGCAAGGGCAUGCGAAAUGUUUAUCUUGGAAUUGACUCUGCGAUCCUGGAAUCACACAGAAGAGAACAAAAGGAGGACACUUCAAAAGAAUGAUAUCGCAGCAGCAAUUACUAGGACUGAUAUAUUUGAUUUUUUAGUUGAUAUUGUGCCUAGGGAGGAUCUGAAAGAUGAAGUACUUGCAUCAAUCCCUAGAGGAACUAUGCCUGUUGCGGGACCUGCUGAUACACUACCUUAUUGCUAUAUGCCACCUCAACAUGCUCCUCAGGUUGGGUCUACUGGUAUGAUCAUGGGUAAGCCUGUGAUGGAUCCUGCAAUGUAUGCCCAGCAAUCUCACCCUUACAUGGCUCAACAGAUGUGGCCACAGGGACCAGAGCAACAGCAAUCACCCUCAGAUCAUUAAUGGCUGUAGUCUGGAAGUUGAGGAAUUGCGGGAGGACCAGAGGUCUCUAGCAUCCAAAAGCUGCCCCUGAGAUUUCAGCCGAAGACUAGCAGAUUUUCUGUAAAUAAUAUGUUGAAAAGAGUAGUUGAUCUUGUUUGAUCCCUUUUUUCACCUGGUUGUUAUCUUUACAUUUCUAGUCAGUUAUAUGAUAUUACUCAAAGAGAUGUAUAAGUAAUAUGUUUGGAAAGAAUAGUUUUUUCUUGAUUGAACCCAUUUUGACCUGGGUGGUUAUCAACUUAUCAUUCUCAUUUCUAGUUAGGUAUGGUUUACCUAAAGAUGUAUAAGUAGUAAUUUAACUUUAAAGUGAUGCUUCUACCUUUAUUACCAUGAAA